GUUGAAUAGUCAAACGCUAGUGUUCAAACGGUGUUUUAUACUUUUUCCAAGAACAUUCCGCCAAAUUGACCUACUUCCACCACCUAAAUCAACGAUAUUGUGCCAGUUGUGUGUGAAAAUGAUGAACAUGGAAACGGAUGAGAUUAUUGAAGACGCAAACACGAAUCUUCAGUAUCCAAUAACAAUACUUUAUGAUCCAACUCGCAAGAAAGAAUUACCAUCAGGAGUAUCUACACAGUAUGGGCAAGAAAGGGAAGUGUGUAUGAAGCUUUUUGAGAAGUGGAGUGAACCAGAACAAGUUAACUUUGUUGAACACUUAUUAGCAAGAAUGUGUCACUAUCAGCAUGGACACAUCAAUGCAUAUUUGAAACCAAUGUUGCAGAGAGAUUUUAUUUCUCUAUUACCAAAAAAAGGAUUGGAUCAUGUGGCAGAAAGCAUUCUUUCCUAUCUGGAUGCUAAUUCAUUAAUUGCUGCUGAAUUAGUAUGUAAAGAAUGGCACAGAGUAAUUAGCGAAGGAAUGCUUUGGAAGAAAUUAAUUGAACGUAAAGUUCGGACUGAUUCAGUGUGGAGGGGACUUGCAGAAAGGAGAGGAUGGAUUCAGUAUUUAUUCAAACCAAGACCAGGAGAAAGCCACCCAAAUCACAAUUUUUAUAGAUCUCUUUACCCUAAAAUAGUUAAAGAUAUUGAUAGUAUAGACAGUAAUUGGAGAAUGGGAAGAUUUAAUCUUCAAAGAAUAAACUGUAGAAGUGAAAAUUCAAAAGGUGUUUACUGUUUGCAAUAUGAUGAUCAAAAAAUAGUCUCUGGUCUUAGAGACAAUACAAUUAAAAUCUGGGACAGAAGUACACUACAGUGCAUUAAAGUCUUAACAGGCCAUACUGGUUCUGUCCUAUGUUUACAGUAUGAUGACAAAGCAAUAAUAUCUGGUUCCUCUGAUAGCACUGUAAGAGUUUGGGAUGCUAAUACUGGAGAAAUGGUUAACACAUUAAUACAUCACUGUGAAGCAGUUCUACAUCUCAGAUUUAAUAAUGGCAUGAUGGUCACUUGUUCAAAGGAUCGUUCAAUUGCUGUAUGGGAUAUGACAUCACAAACGGAAAUUGCAUUAAGAAGGGUACUAGUGGGGCAUAGGGCAGCAGUGAAUGUUGUUGAUUUUGAUGAAAAAUAUAUCGUUUCUGCUAGUGGUGAUAGGACUAUUAAAGUAUGGAAAACAUCUUCUUGCGAAUUUGUGCGAACAUUAAAUGGACAUAAACGGGGUAUAGCGUGUUUGCAAUAUAAGGACUGCUUAGUAGUUAGUGGCAGCAGUGAUAACACAAUCAGAUUAUGGGAUAUUGAAUGUGGUGCGUGCUUGCGUGUCCUAGAAGGGCAUGAAGAAUUGGUCAGAUGUAUUAGAUUUGAUAGCAAGCACAUAGUUAGUGGAGCUUAUGAUGGAAAGAUUAAAGUAUGGGAUUUGGUAGCAGCGUUAGAUCCACGAGCUUUAACUAAUUCACUUUGUAUACGUACAUUAGUGGAACACACAGGACGUGUAUUUCGCCUUCAGUUUGAUGAGUUCCAGAUAGUAUCGUCAUCGCAUGAUGAUACAAUACUAAUUUGGGAUUUUCUAAAUUUUAAUCCAUCAAAUGGAUCUUCUGGGCCUGCAGCAAUAAAUGCAUCAGCAUUCGAGUGACCCAUCCCUAUGAAUAUUCCUUCAUUGUGAUAUAAUUACAAGUGGUUAGUGAGUUCAAUGUGUUCACGAUAGUGUACGCAGAGAAUGAAGAAUCAGUGUCCAGUGUGAACAGCGCCUAGAAAGAAACAGAAUCUCAAAAAGACACGGUCAUUGAUUUUUGUUUAUUAUUUGCUGUGAAAAGCAAAAGUAAUUCUCUAAAAUAAGA